AUGCCAUAUGUCUGUCAAUGGAACCCUAGAGACGAGCUUGCUCUUGCGCUUGACCAGAACGAGUUGACUGCAUUUGGAUGGGAGGACAGUUCAUAUGCCAAGCACCUGCUCACUCCUGACUGUGUAGCACCAACUGCACUGCAUGCUUGGGGAUCACAGGUCCGGGGUUGUGAAUGCGGCUGUAGAGCUGUGGGUCUUUCUCCACAGAGACUUGAUGAAAAGGGUUUGUUUGGAUGCCUCCUUCAGAGUGCCUCCAGUGACACCACCACUCCUUGCCUUCGCCACCUGCAUCCGUGUGAAGCACAACUCCUCAAUGGAGUUGACCCCAUGAUUGACUUUGGCGAGAACGUGAGAUUGGCUCUUUCAGCCAUUGGCCAGAUUGCAUCGCCAUUGCAAGCUGCAUGGAUUCUAAGCUUUAUUGUAGCCAGGCUGGAAGUCUUGUCUCAUGGGAAAUGCAUGUUUCCACCGCUGUCACAAUUGCAUGCUUUUCGCUCAUGGCUUGUUGCACGAUCACAACUUGUUUGGCCCUGCAACGAUUGCAUGUUGGAUGACCCGAAGUUGAUUGACCUUGUAGCGCAGUGGUAUAGUGCACGUGAGCUCUUCCUUCCUCAACUGUUGGAUCCUUGUCGGUGGCCGAUUGAAGCCACUAAGCCGAUCUCCAUUGCUGAAGUUUUGGACUGUCUCAUUCGGAGUGCCCAGGUCUCAGCUCCAACAGUGCCUGUUGCGUCGCUGCCUGAUGAUGAAGAAACGCCUGUCUUUGAUUUUGUCACUGCUGACCCCAAGGGCGAGUUGUGCAUUUCUCAAGAACAAUGUGUUGUUUCUUUCUGUGGUUCUGGUGAGUGUGAGGUUUUCUGCUCUGUUGCCCCGGGCACCACCAUUGCUGAGAUGCUUCAAGCACAUGCCAAGCUUGUUGGUCCAUUUUGGGUUGGUCAGAUCCGUGAUCGCCUUGAUCAUUGUCUCUCUUUGGACUUUGGCCUUGAGGUAGGACAGCAUGUUCAAGUUGAGCUUUCAUGUCAUGGCCAUGGGACUCUUUUUGUCUCUUGUGAUGCAGGGGAAUCCGGGCUACUCCCAUCAAUGCCCGAAGUUUCAAAGCUGAGUGAUGGCCCUUUUGCGGCUGUCGACAACGAUGCACAUAUGCAAGACAUUACGGCCACAGUUGCAUGGACUGAGCCUUGUUCGACUCAUGAUGAUCAGCCUGGUGGGGUUCACAAUCUUGCCAUUGGAGUUGCAAAUGACCAGGGGUUGCAUGUUCCUCAGGGCUGGUGCUCCGCUUCGGCUUUGCUUGGCCUUGACUCUGCACAGUUCCUGAACUUGCAGGUGCCGACAGUGCCGACCAUUGCAGAUCCUGCCCAAUUGAGUGCCCUUCGUUCUCAGGUGAUCUCUGCUUCAGAUUGUUUGCAAUUGCUCUCUGGUCAGGGAGAUCUUUGGGCGGACGAUGAAUUGAGAUUUCAUUUGCAUGCCAUCUCUUCGGCGUAUGUUCAACACUGUGCCAAGAUUGGUCACACUGCUGGCUCUAGUCUCCUUGUCAUUGACCCGCUGAUUACUGCUGCAUGGGGGGAUCGUAUCGAAUUGCUUCGAGCUCAUGGUCAUGACAUGGCUGAUGACGAAAUAAGAUUUCAUUUGCAGGUCAUCAUUGGUCGCCGCAAUGAAAAGCGUGUUCGAGAGUGCGUGAUGAAGGUCAUCAAAUUGUGUCAGCCCUUUGGAUUGAUGGCCAUUGGAUUCUGUUGUGGUUUGUGCCAGGAGAUCUACGCAGAUCAGGUUUGCAGAUGCCCGUUGAUUUGGGGUGCGGGGGGGACGGGAGCUUUGGUCAAGUCGUUGUCCGAAGAGCCGUUGAAAGCAGUAGUUGUUGACCUUGAUGAGGAAUCCAACGCUGUAGUGGUUGAGCCCCCGCAGCAGUGGGUGUCCACACGCCCGGUCUUCUGCAAUGGUUCUGCCUUGUCGGUCAUUCAUGCGGAGGAUGACUGUCUGUAUGUGGAAUCCAUCGAUGGUAUUAGGUUUUGGCAGUGUGAUGCUUUCACAGCAUGCAGACACAUGGUGGAUCAGGAUCUCUGGGAUGCCCUUCCUUCACUGCCUGAGUGCGUGGUUGCCUAUGGUUGGUCUCUUCGACCUUCAACCUUUGAAGAGUGGUUUUCUUCGUUGGCUGCGAUUGAUGUUGGUGCAGUGUUGCUCCAGAUUAGUCAAGCAGUCUUGCGUGUUGAUGCCCCUCGCUCUGCUGACAUUUCUCCAGACACUCCUGAUUGUGUGCCUGUGUGGACUCCUUUGCCUCCCCUGGAAUCGCUCCCGUCCAAAGCAGUGCGUUGGUAUGGGGAUGGCAUGGUGCGAAAGCUUGUGUCUUGGUUUUGGGACACGCUCCAUGGUGCUGUUGGACCGGUUCAAUGGGUUGCCAUGUCUCAACUUUUCAUCGACUUCGCUAGUUCUACUGGUGAGGUCGGGCCCCUCAAAUUGCAUAAGUGGUGUGAUGGUUCUGAUUUUCCACUGCAGGGAUUGGUGUCGAGACCAUUCCGGCUUCGCGUUCGUUGGUUUGGGAAAUUGCUGCGCGAGAUUCUUCGCCAUAGUGGUGCAGAGGUUUCUACUGGUUAUGUGCGUCCUGCAAGCACAAUGGUGGCCAUGUUCUCGAGCUGCAUUGCCAUUCCUUGGCCUGUUGAACGUUUGACGAUGGUUGAUGAUUGGAUCCUUUUGCACACAGAUGCUCCAUAUCGUAGGCAGUCGAAAUCAAUUGACUUGCUGCCU